UUUGGUUCUAUAUAAGUAGGUUUUCUCAGCCACUUUAGCUAGUUGAAGUCGGGAUGUCGGCCAGAAGGGAUAUAUUAUUCGCAGUGGGCUUGUGCCUCAUGUCAAGUUUUCUGAGCAUCGAGGCUAGGUCUUUGGAGAACACCUCUGUCAAGACGAAACGCGAUACCGACUGGUGGACACUCCUUGAGGAUAUAAUCUAUGACAGUGAUAGUGAUAGUGAAGAUGCCGACAACGAAAACUAUUUGAUUUGUCGUAACUGCUCGGUGAUAGUUAAUGCUGCUCCGAAUGCCACAGCGGAUGGAGGCACUGCAGCUCCGCAGCCAGGUGCAGCAGCUCCAGGAAGUACUCCAGGUUCACCCGCAACUCCGCCUGGCUCGCUUCCAGGAGCUCAAGUCCCAGUUGCACCCGAAACGCCUGCUCCGUCGGCACCUGCGACGCCACCUCCAGUAGCUGCCCCACCCACCGCUUCACCACUCACAGCUGCACCACCUACACCUGCCCCACCCACAGCUGCCCCACCUACAGCUGUCCCUGGUGGAUAGAAUUAUUAAUCCUUAUACACACACCUUAUAACACCUCACUAACACUAGCUAUUAAAUGGGAUUUGGUAUACGAUCAUUUUGCCCCUGGGUUAACAACCCAUCUCGAAUAAAACAAGCGUUCACUUCGUUUGAGGCAUAAA